GUCAGGUGGAUCCCUAAGUCCAAACUCACCAACUCAAACUGAUCACUUACUAAAAUCUGUCAAAGAUGGGUGAAAUCGAUGAAGGCUUCUACUCUCGACAGCUGUAUGUUUUGGGUCAUGACGCGAUGCACCGGAUGGGAACUGCCAACGUCCUCAUUGCGGGCAUGGGUGGUCUUGGAAUAGAAAUCGCCAAAAAUGUGAUCCUGUCCGGAGUUAAGUCUGUCACUGUGCAGGAUGAACGCCAGACAAAGUGGACUGACCUGUCCUCCCAGUUUUUCCUAAAAGAGUCCCAUCUUGGUCAGAACCGAGCCACAUGUUCCCUACAACAGCUGUCUGCCUUAAACCCGCAUGUGUGUGUGUCUUCCCACACGGGACCGCUGGACAAGGACCUGCUUGGACAAUUUCAGGUGGUGGUCCUCACUGACUCCUCACUGGAUGAUCAGAAGCGUUUUGGUGAGUUCUGCCAUAAGGGAGGAAUCAGGUUUAUUGUAGCAGACACCAAAGGACUGUGUGGUCAGCUGUUCUGCGACUUUGGGAAUACGUUUGAGGUCUUGGACACUGAUGGUGAGACGCCUGCAUCGGCAAUGAUUCAAAGUAUCACUAAGGGGAAUCCUGGAAUUGUGAAUUGCGCAGAUGACCAGAAGCACAGAUUUUCUGAUGGCAGUUAUGUCUCCUUCUCUGAAGUCAAAGGCAUGACAGAGCUCAACAACAUCACCCCUGUGGAGAUCAAAGUGCGCGGUCAGUACUCUUUCAGCAUUGGUGACACCUCAAACUUCUCUAAAUAUGAACGGGGUGGUGUAGUGACUGAGGUUAAACAACCCUCAAUGUUCACUUUUAAACCAAUCAGUGAGGCUUUAUUGGACUAUGACCUCCUAAAAAUGAACGAUUUUGGAAAAAUAGCAAGGCACAAGACCUUGCACUUGGGUUUUCAAGCUCUACAUAGUUUUAUGACGAAAGAGCAGCGACUCCCUCAUCCUUGGUGUCAGUCAGAUGCAGAUGCCCUGCUUGACACAGUGAGAGAGCUGAAUACAGUCUCACAGCUUGAAGAGCUGGAUGAGGCUGCGGUGCGACUUCUGUCCUACACAGCUCAGGGUGACUUGGCUCCUCUCAAUGCUUUCAUUGGAGGCCUGGCUGCUCAGGAAGUUAUUAAGGCAUGUAGCAGGAAAUUUACCCCUCUUCGGCAGUGGCUAUAUUUUGAUGCACUAGAGUGCCUCCCCGAAGAGGAGGGUCAACAGGAGGAGUGCUCCUUUUUAGGCAAAGGUAAGAGGUACGAUGGACAGAUUGCUGUGUUCGGGUCAUCAUUCCAGGAGAAGCUUUGUAGGCAGAAGUAUUUCUUGGUUGGAGCUGGUGCUAUUGGCUGCGAGCUUCUUAAGAAUUUUGCCCUCAUCGGGCUCGGUGCUGGAGAAGAAGGACACAUCACCUUAACAGACAUGGACUUCAUAGAGAGAUCCAACUUGAACCGCCAGUUCUUGUUCAGGUCUCAAGAUAUUGGGCAACCAAAAUCAGAAGUUGCAGCAAAGGCAGUGAAAGUGAUGAACCCACAAAUGAACAUCACCGCUCACCAGAAUCGUUUGGACCCUGACAGUGAACAAGUGUAUGAUUACAAGUUCUUCAUGGGUCUCGAUGGAGUGGCUGCAGCCCUGGAUAAUGUGGAAGCCAGAGUCUAUCUUGAUAGCCGCUGCGUUCAACACCAGAAGUCAAUGCUGGAGGGGGGAACUCUAGGAAGCAAAGGUCACACUCUGGUGGUGGUCCCCAAACUGACAGAGUCUUAUGGACCAGCAAAAUCAAGUUCUAAUGACGCCAUCCCACUGUGCACUCUCAAGAACUUCCCUCACCGCAUUGAGCACACUCUGCAGUGGGCCAGAGACCAGUUUGAGGGGAUGUUCAAACAAACUCCUGAAAAUGUGAAUCUUUUUCUGAGGGAACCAGGGUUUGUAGAGCGGACUGUGGGCCACGGAGAUGCUGAGGCCUUGGACGUGCUUGGUGGGGUGUGGAACAGCCUGGUGGACAUGAACACUGGAGGAAAACGUCCGACCAGCUGGGAAGACUGUGUGAACUGGGCACGUUGCAAGUGGGAGACUCUCUAUAACAAUGAUGUCCGUCAACUCCUGCACUGUUUUCCACCUGAACAGGUGACCGCUGCUGGUUUACCCUUCUGGUCUGGAUCCAAGAGAUGCCCUCACCCACUGACCUUUGACCCUAACAAUACUACCCAUUUGGAUUAUGUGGUGGCAGCAGCUAAUCUGUAUGGGCAAAUCUACGGAAUCAAAGAUAGAAGAGACUGCGCUUCUAUCCGAGAAAUUGUAGAGAGAGUGCAAGUACCAUCUUUCACUCCCAAGUCCUCUGUGAAGAUUCAUGCCACUGACAAGGAGAUGGAGGAGGAGAAAGAAAAGGGAUGUGAUGACAUUGAAAAAGCCCGACUUGAGGAGUUGAAAGGAAAGCUGGCUCCUCUGAAAAGCUCAUCCAUGCAGAUGUACCCCAUCGACUUUGAGAAGGAUGAUGAUGAAAACUUCCACAUGGACUACAUUGUUGCUGCUUCUAACCUGCGGGCGGAGAACUAUGACAUCCCGGCAGCUGAUCGGCACCAGAGUAAGGGCAUUGCUGGGAGAAUUAUCCCAGCCAUAGCUACAACAACAGCAGCAGUGGCGGGCCUGAUGUGCCUGGAGCUGUAUAAACUUGUGCAGGGCCACCAGAAACUCAGCUCUUACCGCACAGCUUACAUCAACCUAGCUGUCCAGUACUUUGUCCUGUCCCAGCCGAGCCGGCCCCAGCCCUUCGAGGUUGCAGGAAAGAAAUACACCCAGUGGGACGACUUGAUUGUUGAUGGCAGAGGCAGUGGUCAGCAGGAAAUGACCUUGGGAGAUCUGUUCCACUAUGUCAAGGAAAAAUAUGGCUUGACUGUCUGCAGCCUCUUCUACGGACCUGCUAUCUUGUACAAUGGUCAUAAAGAGAGGCUCACGCAGAGUGUGUCUGAUGUGGUGAAGAGUGUAAUGAAAGCAGACAUCCCUCCUCACAAGAAAAUGUUGGACCUAACCCCUUCAUUUACUGAAGAUGAAGACUGUGAGACAGUCCCAACUAUCAGAUACCUGCUCUUGUGAUGCCAUCAACAUCAAGUCUUCUCGACAGUGAACAGGCAUCGCAUGGACGUGUUUCAAAUUGAUGUAGCAAAUCCGGCACUCCUGGAACAUCAUGUUUAAAAAAUGUUUUAGCUGUCUUUUAAUUAGAUUGAAGUUUGUUUUUUUCAUUAUCUCUUUAUCUAUUCCUUUCCUUUCAUUCCACAAAUGCUUUUGCAUAAAUACACUGGUCAUUUAUCGCCUCCUCUGAUAUUGUUGUGUAGGAACGAAUGUUGUUGAUUGCUGUUUGUUUAUGUGAGGUCGGGCCAAUAGAAACUGAAUUGCCCCUCAGGGAUAAAUAAAGCAGAAUCUGAAUCUGAAUCUGGAACACUGUGGGGGGUUUUUCUUACUGGUAAUCACACUUUAAUGAUGUAAAAUGAAUAAUUCCACAAUCACACUCUAGCAAUUUGUCCCACCCUUAGUCAUGUCCCAAAAUUACUUUUUUGAUAUCCACUUCCUCAUUUGGGAUUUUUUUGUCACUUUGUUAUACAGCAAAAGAGGGACCUUGGAAAUCUGUAAUUUCCUUUGAAUUAUCAACACUAAGUUCUGUUUUAUAACUUUUGGUUUUGAUUUACAUGUAAAUUGUGUCUUUUUGAGAUGUCAGGCUAAGAGGCUAUGUAGAUGCUUGCCAGGGCAUAUGGAUUAGAUGAUCUAGCCCUGCUGGGGCAGUUCUGGACAUGUUUCAAGGUCUUAUUCAGGUCAGGCAGGGUAUAAUGUUGAAGUGAUGCAGGCAGGAAAGGCAGUUGGCACAGUAGGUACAGUAUUUUAAAGAUUUGGGAUGCUCUGCCAUGUAGAUACAGCUGUCUUGUGUAAAUCCCUCUGCAUGCACAUGUGCACUCCUCCCCCUCCCUCUCUGAAGAAUCCCUGAACUGGUUGGAUGGAGAAGCUGGACUCAUCUACAAGGCCUGCAUCUGGUCUGCCCUCAGAUGGCUUUGGUGCAUGCUCUGUUCUAUUCCACAAGUACUUUGGAGUGUUUAAGUCUUAUCAUACAGAAACAUCUCUACAAUCUUUACUGCAGCAACUUACUGAUAUACUUUCACUGUGUAACUGGGCCUGCAUUUGAAGGAUACUAUUUAAUUCUGCAUUCUGUUUAAACAAUAACACAAUAAAUUGGUGUCUAUGAGGAACCAUGUUAUAUCUGUGUACUUCACUAAGGGACUUCAGUUCCUAUACCUCACCACACCCUGUUUUACAUCAUUAUCAUCAUUGUCAUCAUCA